AUGGGUGGCUGGGUCUCGGCUUUCCUCUACCGCCGGCCCCUCAUGUCGGUCUUCUCACAUGCCUUUGGUCUGGUCGACAGCCUUUCGCUUGAUCCGGCAAACCCCAGGACCAUUGGGCUUCCAGGUGACGUUGCUAGUGAGCUUGUUCUGGCUGCGGCCCUUGCUCCUUUGGCGGUGUCGGACCUCGCCGAGAAAUGGGAUGAGCAGGCUUAUGCCACCGACAGCAGCGAGGAGAAGGCGGCAAUUGUUGCUACACGUGUCCCUCCUGAGCUCACUUCUCUUCUGUGGCGGGCAUCGGACAGAAAGGGCGCUGCAACAAAGCUCCUCUCCAGAGCGCAGGUUGCCAUUGCUCGCGCGGACCCCAGCUUCGAAGAAGCCGCCCUCGCUCCUGAUCCAUUUGAGGACCGUGACGCCAGCUCGGGGCCUGGGUGCCGCCCGGUUGGCUUCCGUUUUCAUUUUCUGCAGAUUGGCGGCAAGCCCGCCGACUUGAGCAGUAUCGUUGGUGCCUGGGGCUUUGAGGUUGGGCCCCUCCUGGACUUGACCUUUUCUCCCCACUACGACCUCGCCGAUGUGGCUCCUCAGCCUUCUUGA